AUGUCUCUCGUCAAUCUCUCCCACGCUGUGUCCCACCUGAACAAUGCCACCGGGGCCCGUCUCGCUCUCACCUCCAUCACCAACAGCAAUUUGCACCUCAAGCUUUCCCUCGCUCUCCGAAACUCCGGCUACAUUUCCUCGGUGGUCCGCGGAGGCCCUACUCCUCCCCCCGCUCAUCCCAUCCUUGGCUACCCUGCUGCCAAUGAUGAACUUGAAGGAAUUGAACCCAUAACCCGUGAUAAUGUCGCCUCAAGGCGGUUGUGGAUCGGUCUGAAGUACUGGCAGAACGAGUCUGUCCUUGGCAAGAUCAAGAUGGUCAGCAAGCCCACCCGCCGGGUCCACAUCGAUGUGGAAGGAUUGCGCCGAGUUGUGCGUGGUGAAGAUUCCGGGGUCGUGGGUGGACUUCGGUCCCCCGGUGAGAGUAUCUAUCUCUCCACAGACAUCGGCAUCCUCGAAGCUCGCGAGUGUGUCGAGAAGAAGACUGGUGGGCUAGUCCUGUGUCGCGUGCUCUAG